AUGUCCGGACUGCUAGCUAACAAAGUAGCGGCUAUCACCGGUGGAUCAUCUGGCAUCGGGCGAGCAAUUGCCCUUGAAUUCGCCAAAAAUGGCGCCAAAGUUGUCAUUAACUACUAUCCCAACGAGCAGGAAACAAGUCGAGCUAUAAGCCUGGGUAAUGAGAUUAAACAAUUGUUCCCCAACACGACAGAGCCCGUAUACAGCUCGGUUCCUGGAGAUAUUGGAGAUCCAGCCACCGGCAAGGCAUUAGUUGCAAAAGCUGUAGAUGAAUUUGGCAAACUUGACGUCUUUGUUUCGAAUGCGGGAAUCUGCCCGUUUCAUGAGUUCACAACAAUGCCUGAGGAAGUAUACUACCGAACGGUGAAGACGAAUCUGGACGGCGCUUUCUUUUCAACACAGGCUGCGGCUAACCAAAUGAAACUCCAGGGCACCGGAGGCUCUAUUAUAGGCAUUUCGUCCAUUUCAGCACUUGUCGGCGGAGAAUUUCAAACCCACUAUACUACUACCAAAGCAGGUGUGCUCUCCCUGAUGCAGUCUACAGCAGUGGCUCUAGGAAAGUACAAUAUCCGAUGCAACGCUCUACUACCAGGAACCAUCGAGACCGACAUCAACAAAGACGACCUCAAAGACCAAUCCAAACGAGACUACUUCAACAAAAGAAUACCACUCGGCCGACUAGGAGAACCGUCCGACCUAGCGGGCCCCGCGGUGUUCCUCGCAUCCGACCUCUCCAAGUACGUAACAGGGUCGCAAAUCCUCGUAGAUGGUGGGCUGUUUGUAAACCUCCAGUAA